CAGAGCUGCUGAAUUGAUUUCAUCCCUGAGAGGUUCGGUUCCCUUCUGAUCACCUAAUCGAAAAGGGCCAAAGGAGCCAAUCUCAAGCACCUCCCUCCCAAUCCCCUUCCGCUCGGAAAUCGCCUUUCAGCACGAUUAGUGUUGCAUCCAGAUUCUCUGCUCUCCAGCUCACAGAGAACCGUCAAAAUUUCUAUCCUUGAGGAUCUUGAGUUUGCGGAGGAAGAAAGCAUGGGUGCGGGAGCAAGCGCCGAGGACAAAAAGUCCAAAGAGUUGGAAAAACAACUCCAACAAGAUGCUGAUAAGGAUGCUAAAACAGUCAAGCUAUUACUGCUUGGCGCUGGUGAGUCAGGGAAGAGCACCAUCGUAAAACAAAUGAAGAUUCUGCAUCAAGGUGGUUACACAAAAGAGGAGCAAUUGGAGUUCAGAGCGAUCAUCUAUGGCAACAUCCUGCAGUCUGCUCUGGCUAUCAUCAGAGGCAUGGAGAUGCUGGCCAUUGAUUUUGGCUCGACUGCCUCACAGGAGCUUGCACAGAAGCUGCAGAAUUUGUCAGACUCCAUUGAAGAAGGCACAAUGCCUUCUGAACUGUCUGAUGUCAUCAUGAAGCUGUGGAAAGAUUCUGGUGUACAGGCCGGCUUUGACAGAGCUGCUGAGUACCAACUGAACGACUCUGCUGGCUACUACCUCAAUGAAAUGGACAGAAUCUCCAAGCCAGACUACCUCCCCACUGAGCAGGACGUGCUGCGAUCUCGAGUCAAAACAACUGGUAUUAUUGAAGAGCAGUUCUCCUGCAAAGAGUUGCACUUCAGGAUGUUCGAUGUGGGGGGCCAGAGGUCAGAGAGGAAGAAGUGGAUCCAUUGUUUCGAGGGUGUGACCUGUAUCAUCUUUUGCGGAGCUCUCAGUGCUUAUGACAUGGUGCUGGUAGAGGACGAUGAAGUGAACCGCAUGCAUGAGUCCCUGCAUCUAUUCAACAGUAUCUGCAACCACAGAUUCUUUGCACUGACCUCCAUCGUGCUUUUCCUCAACAAGAAGGAUCUGUUUGAAGAAAAGAUCAAGAAAGUCCAUCUGAGUAUCUGCUUCCCAGAUUAUGAUGGCUCCAACACGUACGAAGACGCCAGCGACUACAUCAAGCAGCAGUUCUUGGACCUGAACAUGAAGAAGGGGGUGAAAGAAAUCUACUCCCACCUGACCUGUGCCACAGACACAAAAAACGUUGAGAUUGUGUUUAACGCUGUGACAGACAUCAUCAUCAAAGAAAACCUCAAAGAUUGCGGUCUUUUCUAAGCAGCUCCACUGUGAAAAGAGAACUUCCUUUCUUACCUUAACCCCUCACAUAUUGGCAUUCAAUGAGAAGUGUACUGUUGGAGCACAGAAGAUACUUAAGUUUUUUGUGUUCACGCCAUCACUUCCAUGCCAAGUCCCGGUCCUUGACUGCUUCUAGCACAUCAGCAUCUCCAACAGUACAUCCCUGCAACACAAUGCACGCCAGCUGGGUUGAAACAACUAACGAGUCACCAUAUUGUUGUUGUGGACAUACGGCUUUCUACAAGGUUUUUUAAUGCACAGUAUAUGUCUCACACCAGAAGCUGCUGGUUUGAAGGUAUGAAGAUGAAAUAGUUGCUCAUUCGAUCCUCGUUGCUUCCUUUUGACUACUGUGUCGUGAGUUAAAUUUAAUAUUAAAAUUCAAGCUCUUUAAAAAUAAAUACAACAAUAAAAUCGAGGAAAAUAUAAAUAUUUUGAAUAGCAACACUGAAACCUUGUUUUUGUUUUUGAGUACCGUAGACUAUGUGGUCUUGAUAUUUAAACUGUUAAAAGUUGCUGGGCAAACAUCUCAGAUAUUCCCAGUGCUCAAAGUUUAUCCAGAUUACAAAGCAAAUUGUACAUCUACCUAAUCUUAAUAGUGUUAUUGUAUUCAAUUCAUUUGAAUAAAUUGAUUUCAGGUCAAACACAGUAGAGAAACUUUGUACAUAAGAGUAGGUAAUUCACUAUAUUUUGAAAGAUAAAGCUAUAUGAGAGAAAGUGAAAUACUAGAGAGAUGAUGCUUUAUUAUUAAAAGGGAAUGAAAUCUACUGAGUUUGUCCUUUCUUAUGAAAUUUAGAGGCAUUAAAUAAAGAUGCAUAAACUUCA